AUGAAUCCCACGCAUCCAUCACCAGAGCAGGCAUAUUUGCUCCUCAGCUCUUACCUUGAGGCGAGCAGCGGCGUCUUGGACCUCUUCACUGCAGACGAGCUUAAUAUGCUUAUGGCCGAGAGAACAUCAUCAGAGAAUGGCACCGCUCAAUGCUUUUCGAAAGUCGAUCUUGAAGCUGCUUUCAACCUUGCCCUCGCAAUUGGUGCUCAGGUGCGAGGCCAGGCUGAAUAUUUGCAACUUUCAAAGGCUUAUUUUCUACGCGCCCGGGAAAUCGCUUUCGAUGGCAUGCUGAUGUCGCAGAACCUCAACACAGUGCGACAUUUUGUUCUUUUGACAUUUUACUCCCUCGGUGCCUGUAAUCGAAAUGCAGCGUCGAUGUUUCUCACCAUUGCAGCAAAGGCUGCUGUUAUCCUAGGUCUUCAUAGCUCGGAAAAUGACAGAGAUCUCCCCGAAGAAGAACUGUCCACCAGAUUCCGGAUAUGGAACAGCGUCCAGAAUCUUGAUGUUUUGAGCAGCUUUAUUCACGGCAGACUCAGAAGCUCGCCAGUGAUACGCCAGAAUAUAAGUGAUCCCGUGCUAUUCAGCGGCGGGGAGAACCAGAACGCACAGUCUCUCUUCACAGCCAUGGCGAAGGCAUGCAUUCUUCUUGAGGAAAUCGUCGAUACGCUUGGCAAAAGUAAUAAUAUACUUCACGUCCCCACUGCAGAAGGGGUACUUGAAAGGCUCCGUCAAUGGAGCCGGGGAUUGCCUCAGAACGUACGACGAUUUUCGUAUCCUCCUGAAACCAAUCGACAUCUUAAUCCAGAAAAUCGCCGAGUGCUUCUCGGGAGCAUACACAUCUCAUGCGUAUAUUAUUUUGCAGUCAUACUGAUUACACGGCCAUUCCUUGUCGCGUACUUGAUGUCCAGACUUCGCGGCAAAGCUCCUGAUCACCUCAUCAGUGAUCCUGACGAAGCAUCAGAUAUCAAUAUCAAAAAUAACAAAGUAUCCAGAUUAGCUCAAGUUUGCGUCAGCUCGGCUAUCACCAUGGUUGAAAUGUGUGUCAAAGCCAAAGCUUUGAAUUUUACUUUCGGGAACCUCUGUAUUAUUGAAGCAUGGAUAUUCGGCGCAGGUCUGGUUCUUGGAUUUUCAAUGUUCGCAGGGGAGCCACGAAAAGACAUUGAGGGAGCUUUCGCAGACGCACACGAUAUUCUCGGCGACAUCGCUUUAGCAAGCCCGCAAGCUCAACUCUAUCACAACAUGCUCACCGACUUCGCUGAGGCUAUUACGAAAUACCGGCGACGUGUGUCUGAUGAGAUGCAUUACACCGUUCAGCACUACAUGGAUCGAAUCCUGAUUUUUGAGCCGCCAACCGACACAAAUGAGCUUGGUCAACCGGAUGACUAUGAUAGUGUUCGGAAUGUCGAUGAACCAUGGGGAUUUUCGUUAUCUAAUCCUACACAAGCGGACCCCUUUGUGUUUCCGAUGGGUCUCACCACAGCUAAUGCUGCAGACGAAAUACUGCGAAACCAACAUGAUGGUUGGUUUGAAGGUAGCAUUCCUUUCCCAGAGUUCUUUGUACCUGAGCUUGAGCCUUUCGAUCAGCUAUUCUAUACCGUCGAAUGA